UCCAGCCAGGCGCGCAGUCUUUUGCCUAGAGCUCCUGGGCACCAGCAGCCCGCUAACAGAGGGACCGAAGAGGGAUCAGCCAGCCCGAUUCUUUUUCUCUCUCUCUCUUCGAGGAGAAAAAGAAGUAAUCAUGAACUCUGUCGAUUUCGGGGUGGCUGCCUUGCAAAAGGGCUUUGCAGAAGCUUCGGGGCAAUGGAUGGAGAGGGAACCAAGCAGCCAACAUGUCUUAAAGCAAGACUUGUCGAGCGCGGGGUUCCCUCCUUGGGGCGUCCAGGUUCCCUUGGGGCACCUGCUGCUAUUACUGUCUGCACCAUCAAAAGCUGGGAAUUGGGGUGGGGGGACCUUAACUUCCAGCCACGUCUGCGGCGAGUCCACCCCGAUUUCGUCUCUCUUUUGCCUUCCGGACUGAACCCCUCUCUUUCAAACUUGCCCCAGAGGGCGAAACAACCGAGAUCAAGCUCGCUGCGCAGUUUUGGAUGGAACAAACUCAGAAAGUACUUUUGGGGCACAGAAAUGCCUGAUGCAGCGCACUCUGCAGCAGUUAACUGGUUUGACAGAUGAAAAAGUGAAGGCCUAUCUUUCUCUCCAUCCCCAGGUACUGGAUGAAUUUGUGUCAGAAAGUGUAAGUGCUGAAACAGUGGAAAAAUGGCUGAGAAGGAAACACAACACAGAGGAAGAUGUUUCGACUCCUAAGCAUAUCAGCAGGUACCAGAAUCCUGAUAUCCAAGCAGUGGUAUAUGACCUGAACGGAUUUAUAGAGCAGCGGAUGGAUAUAGGAGGGCACAAUCAACUGCUCUUAUAUGAAUUGAGUAGCAUCAUUCGAAUGGCUACAAAUGCUGAUGGAUUUGCACUGUAUUUCCUGGGUGAAUGCAAUAAUAGCCUCUGUGUGUUCACGCCACCAGGAGUGAAGGAUGGACAACCACAUCUUGUUCCUGUGGGACCCAUUAUGCUUGGCACCACAGUAUCUGCAUAUGUAGCCAAAUCUAGAAAAACGUUAUUAGUAGAAGAUAUUUUGGGGGAUGAGCGGUUUCCCAAAGGUACUGGACUGGAAUCAGGAACUCGCAUCAAGUCUGUGCUUUGUUUGCCAAUAGUUACUACACUUGGUGACUUGAUUGGUAUCUUGGAGCUUUAUCGACACUGGGGCAAUGACACCUUCCUCCUCAGCCAUCAGGAGGUUGCAACAGCGAAUCUUGCAUGGGCUUCUGUAGCAAUACAUCAAGUAGAGUAUUUCAAAUGUUCUGGUCAGGUAUCGAAGGGCCUCGCUAAGCAGACUGAACUGAAUGACUUCCUGCUUGACGUUUCAAAAACCUAUUUUGAUAACAUUGUGGCAAUAGAUGCUCUACUUGAAAAUAUCAUGAUAUAUGCAAAAAAUUUGGUGAAUGCAGAUCGCUGUGCACUUUUCCAGGUAGAUCACAAGAACAAUGAAUUAUAUUCAGAUUUAUUUGAUAUUGGGGAGGAACAUGAUGGAAAACCUGUCUUCAAGAAGACCAAAGAAAUAAGAUUUUCUAUUGAAAAAGGAAUAGCUGGUCAGGUAGCAAGAACAGGUGAAAUUCUCAACAUUCCUGAUGCCUAUGCAGAUCCACGUUUUAACAGGGAGGUAGAUCUCUACACAGGCUACACCACCAGGAAUAUUUUAUGCAUGCCUAUUGUGAGCCGAGGAAGUGUAAUAGGCGUUGUGCAGAUGGUGAACAAACUAAGUGGAUGUGCCUUCUCUAAAACUGAUGAGAACAACUUUAAAAUGUUUGCAGUCUUUUGUGCUUUAGCCUUACACUGUGCUAAUAUGUACCACAAAGUUCGCCAUUCAGAGUGUAUCUACCGUGUUACUAUGGAGAAGCUUUCCUAUCACAGUGUUUGUACAGCGGAAGAAUGGAAAAACCUCAUGGACUGCAGACUCCCACCACAACUCUGCAAAGAAGUAGAACUAUUCCACUUUGAUAUCACUCCUUAUGAAGAUUUCUGGGCAUCCAUCUUUAUCUAUAUGAUCCAUCAGUCUUGUGGGUCAGGCUGGCACAGAAAUGCAGUCAGAAAGGAAGACAGGUUGAAAAAAGAAGAUUCCAGUGUUUUGCUGUCAGCCUUGAGCCUUUAUGUGGAAUCUGAUGUUUUGGAGGAAGGUUUUGAACUAGAAAAACUAUGUCGAUUCACACUGUCUGUAAAGAAGAAUUACCGCCGUGUGCCCUAUCACAACUGGAAGCAUGCAGUUACAGUUGCGCAUUGCAUGUAUGCUGUUCUUAAGAAUAACUACAGGCUUUUCACAGAUGUAGAAAGAAGAGGACUUAUGGUUGCAUGUUUAUGUCAUGACCUGGAUCACAGGGGUUAUAGCAACAGCUACCUUCAGAAGUUUGAUCACCCAUUGGCAGCUCUUUAUUCUACUUCAACAAUGGAGCAGCACCAUUUUUCACAGACAGUAUCAAUAUUGCAGCUGGAAGGCCACAAUAUCUUCUCUAACUUGAGCUCUAGUGAGUAUGAGCAGGUGCUGGAAAUAAUCCGCAAAGCCAUCAUUGCUACAGACCUUGCUCUGUACUUUGGAAACAGGAAACAUUUGGAAGAGUUGCACCAGUCAAGAUCACUAAAUCUUAAAAAUCAAGCACAUAGGGAUCGUGUGAUUGGGCUGAUGAUGACAGCUUGUGACUUAUGUUCUGUGACAAAAUUGUGGCAUGUUACCAGAACGACAGCCAGCGAUAUAUAUGCAGAAUUUUGGGCAGAGGGUGAUGAAAUGAAGAAGUUAGGUAUUCAACCUAUUCCUAUGAUGGACAGAGACAAGAAAGAUGAAAUUCCUCAGGGCCAAAUUGGGUUCUUCAAUGCUGUAGCCUUGCCCUGCUAUAACACCCUCUCACAGAUCCUCCCUUCCACUCUGCCACUACUUCGAGCUUGCAAGGAAAAUCUUAAACAAUGGGAAAAAGUGAUACGAGGAGAAGAAGCAUAUGGAUGGAUACCAGCACAGACAAAUAGCCCUUCGACAGAUGUGCUACCUGUGGAAAUUACAGACUGAUUCACAUUUUAAAAUCUCUUUGAGACUCCCACCACCUUUUAAGGCUUUUAAAAGGAUAAAUACUGCAAAUUCUAACUGGGAAGACUUGUGCACCUUUCUUUUCUUUGCUGAUCCAGUGUGUACAGAGAGACUGACGGACAACUCAACUAUUGCAGAAUCAGCUAUCAAAGCAAAUGCUUGGCUUGUAAAUAUAAGACUGCCUUUUUCUCAUGGGCUACUUUGCUGAGGCCUUAAUUUAAAAUUGUUGGGCAAGGAAGGCAAAUCUUGGGUGUUGCUUUUGCAUUUUGUCUUUGUAGCAGAGAUUUUCAGUGGUACUUACAACAUUAUACUGUGGCUGGCUUUAAUGCCAGUUUCACUUGGGGAGUUCUUGGCUAUACAUAGGACAUUUCCACAUUGUUAUUGUAAAUGUUUAUGUUUGAUCUCUGUGCAAUCAGCUCAGACGCUACCAGAAAAUAUCUGGGACUAAAACUAUUUUUGAGUUUACAGUACUUGAAUUAAUCUUGCUGCAAAUGUGUGGGGGGGAGGAGGAAUUUAACAUCCAGAUAGAAGACUCCAGAAAUUAUUCUGUUUACAUCACUGCUCUACUGCAAACAUGUUAAACAUUUGAAAGGUAUAACCAGUGCUAUUUUUCUAGAAAAAGAGGUGCCAGAGCUUACCAUGGACACCUCCCAUGUUCUCUUAUGAUGGCAGUGGUGCCCACUUGAGAGGUGCUGGAACUGGGUUCCUGUGCAUUCCCUGAAAAAAAGCCCUGGGUAUGACCUAUGGUUCUUCAAAGUGAUUUCAUCAGCUACAAUAUGUGCCCAUUUUUACACUGGAAAUAAUAGAAUAUGUGCCUCUGAUAAGUAGAGAUGUAGUUGUCCUGUAAGGUACCAAGAGGCCUUCCUGUCAACGUUAGUAAGAGUAAUGGGCUUAAAUUUCAAAUUUGGCAACAGAAAUCUGCCAGGUAUUUAAAUUUAUAUUUUAGCAAGUAUU